GUCAACUUACUCCAAAUGCCCACCGGUUCUUAAAUUGUUUUGUUAAUAUCUGUGAAAAUCUGAAAAUCAACCCUUCCCUUGAGCUUUUCCUCCACAUGUACGAAGUCUUGCCCGGGACUAGUAACUGCCCGGGCUUCGUCUAUUUUCAUUCUCGUAAUAAGAGAUCUUUUGUGACCGGUCUUCCCCCUAGUCACAAAAGAUGGAAGAAAAGAUUUGUUUUUGUUGAAUUCCUUCCUGACCAAUUUCCUUUCUCAAACCCUGAGUGGGCUGACCGGGUUAUAAAACCUGAAAGGGUUCAUCCGGAGCCCACUAAAGAUCUUGAGGACGCCUGCGAGAAACUUCUCAAGGGUGAUCCUGUGACCGGGAAACCUUAUGCCUAUGGGGGCUGGGUAUUCCGGCUACCUAACCCGGAUGGGGGUGCGUCUGCGACCCAUGACGCUGAGGAUAACCGGGCUGAUUCCCCGGAUGGUCACGCUGAGGCCGGCUCUCCUCAUCCAGACAUGAACUUCACUAGGAUGUCCACUCUUUUCGAAGAUGAUGACAAUGAUGUCGAAGUCCUCAACUCCAACUGGUCUCCCAAUCACAACCCUCCCUCCCCUCCUCAAAACCCUGGAGUUGAAGGGGCUUCAACUGCCUGGUGCUCUUCCUUUGACAAUCUCAUUCGAGAUAAGCAGAAAAGGAAAGGGUCCCAAAAGAGCUCCAAGGGAGACAAGAAGAAAAAGGUCAGGUUAUCAGAUAGGGAGGAGGAGUCCAUCGAAGAAGCCUUCCUAUCCCUGGCCAAAAAACUCAGCAAGGCCGGGGUCAUUUCAGAAGAGAUUGGCCAAAGUCUUUUGGAGCCAAAAAAUCAGAUCUCCCAACUCACCCUUCUCCUUGAUUCUGCCAAGCUGGAGAUUAAUGACCGGGCAGAAAGGGAGAAGAGGCUGGAGGAAGAGUUGAGGGAAGAAAGGGCCAGGUUUGCCCUUUUGGAGGAGGAAGGGAAGAGAAAGGUGGCCGAGCUCGAGGAUGCAUUGGGCCACGCUGAAGAGGCUGCCCGGUCAAAGGAGGAGGCAUUCCCUACUGAAGCUGCUGGCUGGGCUGCUUGCCAUCACUUGGAAGUUUCCCGGUCUAUUCUCACCACGCCGGAGGAAACCAUGGACUUCUUUAAGACCAUGUAUAAAGAACCGGAAGGGAGGAGGAUGAUAACUGAGAUCGGUUCCUAUGGGUUCCAAUGCGGCCCAAAGGAAGAGAGGUCCCUUCUCUAUGCCAGGCUCCAAAAGAGGGAUCCAUCCUUUGACCCAGCCAAGAUGCAACUCCCGGCUCUAUACAAGGAAGAGCCAGCUCCCCCCUUUCCCCUAGAGUAGGUUAGGGUUUGAAUUCAAAAACUUUAAAUUUUCCCAAGGGGGAUGUCCGGCCUACUUUUGAUUUGUAUGAAACUUUAAUUUUCUUGACAUGCCUUUUACGUUUACCGGUCUAUUUACUUCAAUAUGCACGGUUGAACCUCCUUUCUUAUAUGGUUGUCCUGGUUGUUUUCCUUGCUUGGUCCUUACUCGAAAUUGCAUGGUCAGGCUUGCCUUUACUUUAUCAUGUUGGGUUGAACUUCCAAGUCAUUAAUAAUAAAAGAAUGUCCAGGUC